AUGUCCAUUACGCGUGAGUCUGGCCAAUUCGGCCGCGUGCUCGACCCAUUGGAUGAGGAAACGGAUAACUUCAUUCGAGAAAUCAGAGUGAAUGGAGAAAGAGAGGAACUUUCGAGCAAUUCCGAUGAAAUUAGAUUAUCCCCCGUGACCCUCAGCCUAUUUAAACUGAUGGAGGCGACGAACUACGCAUUGAGCGCGCUCGAGAUCGAGCACAUUGAAGUUCUUCCCGGGGGACUCGAUGCGCAGCAGGUUGGGUCGAUGAUAAGAGCCAGAGUGCAAUACUCGUGUCGUCGACGAUCCGUGGUACACUCUGAUGUGAAAUCAUUUGUCGGGCCAAAAUACACACAUGCCAAAUACAGUUGCUCCGGCUUCAAGAUGUGCCAUUAUAGGAACUCGCUACUUGGCUCAAUGACACAAUCCGUCGUCGACGGCGACCUAUUGAUACAGAAUGAAUCGAUGCUCAUUGGCAUGCCCGAAGGGACAAAAGAAGAUCGAGGUGAACGGACGACACUCAAUCCGAAUCCAGGUGUGAUCAUUGGUGUUUACAUUAGUCGCUUUAUUGGAGUCCUUUCCCCACGAUACUCUACCCAAAUCCGUGAAGAGUCUCUUUCGACUCUCCGCGCGAGAUUUGCCAAUCUUGACCCGAUCACUGCUUUGGACGAGAAAUGCUAUAUUCUUGAUUUUCCCUAUGCGUCAGCCGUGAACAGUGUCGCAUUCGCACGGCUAACAAGUGAAGAUGUGAAGGUGACCUCACUUUUCCCUGUUGUUUCCGUAGACGGCUCAGCUAAUCACUACGAUGCCUUGCCAGAUGUACUUUUUUUCGAAAUUGACAUCUCCUAUGAGGUCGUCGAGGACAAGGGCAUCGCCGAGGUGAGAUUUAUGAAUCACUGUCCUGAAAGGGAUACUGCAGCAUCUACUCGCGUGCGUGUCUUCACCUUACAAGAUACUUGCCGGGGUUAUCGCGUCCUUUUCGAGAGGGUGUUCGCUCUUAUCGAGGAGACAACCAAGCAACGUUCUCGCUUUCAAGCGAUCCACGGCGUUGGCAUCGCCGCGGUCGUCAUGGAUGCAUACGCCAAAUUGUAUUUCGGCUCUGUUGAGCAGUCCACCCUCCUGGGUGGCAUAGAGAGAUCCCUCAAAAUUGAUCGCCGAGAUUUCGAAGCGCAUCGAUCGCUCCAUGUCAGUCAAAGUUCUAGCAGACCGGCAGGUGAUCUGCUUCAGGCAGAAAAAAUCUGGCCUUGUCAACCAGCGGUUGAAUGCUUUGAAUUCGACGACGCUGGAUGCGACGACACUGAAUACGACGACACUGGAUGCGGCAACACUGAGUACGACGACACUGAAUUCGACUACGCUGAAUACGAGGAGACUCGCAAGGCGAGCCGCGAAGCUGCCGAAUUCGUUAAAUCCAUGAGACAAAUGAUUUCAUUUGGGCAUGACUUCCCUCAUUGCCCGCCGUCAGCUGUACACCCAGAUAACCGCGCCCAACCAAGGUCCCGAUCACAGUCCCCUCGUGCCUUCGCUGCUCCUAUCCGAGUCGGUCCUGAUGCUGCUGCCAAAUUAUCGCAGGACGCCGAGAAGGAAAAUGCCGAAGCGGAGCUCCUGGAAGCGCAACUUAGGCGGCUCAAGGCUGAAAAGGCUCUGGAAGACUUCCGAAAUGAGAACAGACGAGCACUUGGAGGUCCCAUGGGUCCCAACAAACGGGCUAGAUGCCCUUUGAGCUCUACCGGGACUUUUUGA